CGAGCGGAUUUGGAUUGGCACGUAAAUAUAAACAAACGCUUCCUGCUCGAGGUGCGACCAUGGGCUCCGCGGUAUAUAAAUCACCGAGAAAUGCUACAUUUCAUAGCCGUCUUCCUUAUUUGUUUUUUGCCAGCUAUCGAUAACAUGCUCAACACGGUUUUUAUUAUGCUACUUCUCCCCGCAGCAGGAUUAUGUGCUAGAUACAAUUCACACCUCGUCAAAGGAUGGUCCAAUUCGGAUUGUGUUCGCCCUUGGCAACAACCGUUAAUGAGUAAACCAACAUUAAGAAUACCAUCGAGAGCUAUCGAAUGCCAUCCAGAAGAACACGAUUGUCCAACAGGAAGAAAUGCGGUAUGCCAAUACUCAUUAAGAAGUCAGAAAUAUGUCUGCUGUGAGGACAAGAAAGAUGCCGACAUCCCGACAUGUCCAAAGUUCUAUGAGACUCUUCUCUUGCCAUGUGGGAAUUCAGUUGAUUCGCAAUGCCCACGUGGAUACCGAUGUCUGGGAAGUCUCGGAGAUGAUUCGGUUAAACUUUGCUGCAAACCUAACAGAACAUUAGAAUACAGAGAACCAGAACACACAUUCCGAGAGAAUCGAAUUGUCCCUCGUCUGUUGCCAGUUGCUCCGGCAUAUGAACUAAUUGCAACCUUUAGCGACGAACAAAUAUCGAUGGGUCAACUUUUCGACGCUGAUAUACUGGACAAACUUGCAGAUCCUCCAGUCAUGUCAGCAGGAGUUGAACUUCAAGACGAGAAGCUCUAUACAAUUAUACUUGCAGAUGCUACCUCAAAGGCUGUCACUUGGCUGGUUGCAAAUAUUGCGGCAUUUGAUGGACAGCUUGAGAUUCAUAGAAGAACAAAGUCUGCUGUGUCUUAUCAACCCCCAGAUUCUACUGAUAGACCAGUUGGAAUGCACACCAUGAUUCUUGCGCUCUAUGAGCAGAAUGACACGUGGACACAGAAAGAUUUGGCUAGAAUUGCAAUGGAUGAUUUCAACUUUACAGAAUGGCUUGAAGAAUAUGCCCAUGUACUUCCUGCACAGGCACUUGCAGCAACAUUUUAUGGAUAUUCUACUAAAAAGGACGAUAGAAAACGAAUCUAAUUUAUAAUAACUUAAGAUUCCUAUUUAUGUACAAAUUUUAAUAUAUAAAAAGAAUGAAACAUACGAUAAAAAGUUACUAAAAAAU